UCGCGCAUCUUUUAGACGUCACAACAGAUCAGUUGGGCUGAUUUCGACAUAAACAGCGACAUGUAGAAGAGUUCAGGAGUUUUAUGUAUUUACAUGUAGCUUUUACUCUUUCAUACUUUAGUGAGUUUCCCUAAAAUAAGCCGGUAGUUUGGGUCACGUAAGAGAAUUGUCCAAAAGUUUUCGUCGCACAAAUUGACGUUUCCACCGCUUACAAAACGACAGGCGACGCAUAAUCACAUCCAAGCGCCAAAUCCAAAAUGCCACCGGACAACCUUUGAAUAUUUAAUCCUUUUGAGAUGCUAAACAAACUCAAACGAACCAAAACAAGUAAGAAUGCUUCGUUUACGAGUAAAAACCCUCCGCGAGCCACCGAGGUGAUAACGUUAGUGUUAUCAGAGGAUGAAACAUCACCGGAAAGAGAUGCAGUCUUACUGGCUGCAAUAGACUCAAAAGCUUCAAAUGCUGCUGCAGGAAGCAUCUCCUCCUGUAAAGCUCAACCCCUGCAGGAGAAGAGGAGGACGUGUUGCGCCAAAGACGUUAAGAUCGCUCCCAUUUUCUUACGUACAACACAGCAGGGGAAGAGGAAAAGGAGCAGCGAUGGUGGACUUGAUCGACCUGUAGACGAGCUGCAGAAAUCAGUGCAUCCUCCUAAAAGUGAUGACUCACAACUGGUGAAAAGUCAGCUGUCAACACCUGCAGGAUCUCACCUGACGGAGAGAAAGGGGUCCCGGAGAGGACAGUUGUCAUCCUCAGCUGUCCUCAGCUGUCUGGAGGAAAUUCAAACAUCUAACCCGGCAUUUCCGGUCCAGAGAGUGUUUGACACUCUUCAGGAGAAAGAUCUGGGAUCCUCAGCAGUAAAGUCUUCAUAUUCAAGACAGAGCUGGUUUAAAGGGAAGAGGAAAUGUGGAAAUGAAAGCUCUCAGGUGUCCAAGCGCCUGAAGUCUAGUCUCACUACAGAGGGCACCACUGGUACGAGUCAUCGCCCCCUGCCAGCGCACGGUGUCCAGGGAAGUGCCGACGUCUCGGUGAAGCAGCAGCCCAGAAGCGGCAGGCUGAGCCGCACGCACAGACUGAAGCAGCAACGUGAGAACGUAGGCCUAGUGAACAACUGUGAGACAAACUCGGGAUCAGACAGACAGUCACUUAUCACCUGUGACAUUCUCCAAAGAGAUUCCAGUUUUGAGGAUGUGCUCUGGACAGACAAGUACAGUCCUCAGUGUUCAAGUGAAGUCAUUGGCAACUCUGCUUCAGUGAAGAAAUUGCACAGUUGGUUGAAGAAAUGGAAACUAAGAGCUGACUGUGACGAGAGGAGGAAAAAGGAGGAAAGAAAACAGGAAGAAAACAGCAGUGACUCGUGGGACUGUGGAGACUUCCAGGGUGAGGCUGUUACCGAGGGCGACAGAGUGGAGCCGCUGUGUAACACCAUGUUGAUUACGGGACCUUCAGGUGUGGGCAAGACUGCCUCAGUGCACGCCUGCGCUCAGGAGCUUGGCUUCAAGGUAUUUGAGGUGAACUGCUCGUCACAGCGCAGCGGACGCCACAUUCUGUCCCAGCUGAAGGAAGCAACCCAGUCGCACCUGGUGGAGACGUCAGGGAGAGACCCUCUGAAACCAGCUUACUUCAACAACUACAACACCAAAAGCUGCUCAACUAACUCUGAAAAUAUACCUGGAAAAUCUGCGGCUCCCAAAAAUGUCAUUUCCAGCUCAAAGAAGAGACCAGCACAGAAAUUUGGCCGCAAAAGAAAAGCUAAUCCAGCCGCAGUCACUUUGGCAAACUACUUUAAGAUGAAAGCCAAAGCAGAUCACUUACACUUUGGUGGCCUGUCGCCGCCGCCCGAGAAGCCAGACAUCAAGAAGCUUAACAACUCAUCACCAGGCUGGGAUCAAACGGCGCCACAGAACAAACAGACGACCACAUCACUCAUUCUGUUUGAAGAGGUUGAUGUCGUAUUUGAAGACGACGUCGGUUUCCUCGCAGCCAUCAAGACGUUCAUGACGACCACAAAAAGGCCGGUCGUUCUGACCACCAACGAUCCCUCAUUCAGAGAGAGAUUCAGCUGCAGCUUGGAAGAAAUCAUUUUCAAGACACCGUCCGCAAUGAACGUCAGCAGCUACCUGCAGCUGGUGUGUUUGGCUGAGAACGCGAGACUGGAGUUGGACGACGUUCUCGGCCUCCUCACGCUGACCCGAGGUGACGUCAGACGCUGCCUCCUCCAGCUGCAGCUCUGGGUGAACGGUGGUGGAGGACGGGCAUCUCAAAACUCAAACGUUGAAGGGGGGGUCAGUUUAGACUCCCAGCUUCCCCCACGAGACGCAGGCUGUACUUCCAGCAUGCUGGGUCUCCACCCUGCAACCCAAAACCAUCUGCUGAACCUCCUACAGUCCUGGACCGACCCAGACAUGAACGAGCUCCUGCAGCUCCUUGCUGAGAGCUGGAGGAGAAACGUGCCUCUGCUCUACUGCAACCAGGAGCUGCUCCUACCCAUCAGGGCCGAGGGAACUCCGGUCCAUUACCUGGACAAGGUGACCUCUUCUGGGCAGCAGAGCCAGCUGGAUGGAAAUAUUAAUCCAAAGGCAACAGCAGCAAACAGCGACUCAGUUAGAAAUAUAUCCAGGCUGAGCAGAAGGAAAUAUACUUCAGCAGCAUUUGACGCCACAUCAUCUUCCAAUUUAACACAAAAACCUCAAAGGGCCUCAUUAACUUUCAAAGCGACUCAUUUAAGAGCUCAGAGUUCUGAUGACAAGACUGAACCAAACGCAGACAAAGUAGCGACUGACUGUUUGGAUGCUCUGACCGACUUCUUUGACCUCAUGUCAUACCUCAACGCCACAAAACCAGCUGCAGAACCGCUUAUUUCAGGCUCAUGCCGACCGGAGUUCGUCUGGACAGGAGCAGAGAUGAAGGACAGCUUGUUGGAUGAAAUGAGAGAGGAGGAGGAGGAGGAGGAGGAGGGCCGGAGUUGUUGCCAGGAGAGGUGGUUAGAUAUUCAGGCUGCUGUUGAGGGUUUGGGGUUUCGCAGAUGCUGGAGGCGAGUGUCUGAAUCGUGGACUGAAGCCCAGAAAUGCAGACAGGAACUGGGAGGCACGAGGUGGGGGAAGCUGGUGGAGACGCUGACACUUCCUGUUUCUGCCGAUAGAGAGAGCCUCGGCUAUAGUUUUCAACCUCUCUGCGCACCAAGCGUGUUCCAAAGGAGGUACGAGAUGAACAGGAUGGUGCUUGGCAGUCGGUCCUUCAGCCUACUGGGGAACAGACAGGCUGUCAGUGUCGACUACAUGCCAGUCCUCCGCUCCAUCUGUCGCUCCCAGAGACCUCCGCGAGGAGACGAGCCAGUCAGUAGGUGUGUGAACUACCUCAGCAGCAUGCAGCUGGGCCUCUCAAAGUCAACGUUGCAACUCCUGGCAGAAGAUUUCUGAUAGAGAGCAUCACGUCUCCUCUACCUCGCCUCACUCCUGUUACUGUGCAUUUAUUUCAUUUAUCAAAAUACUGUAAAAAUGAAUUUAAUGCAGUUGAGAUGAGAAGUCCAUGUUUUAUUUACACAUAAGUGCAACCAUGAAAACUAAAUAAAAAUCUCUAUUUUUGUAA